CGGCUCCGUGUGCGGCAAUGGCGGGCGCUGACAGCCAGGUAAAUGCUGGGGAAGAAAAAAAGGCAGACUGCGGAAAGAAGAAAAUGAAGGAAGGGGCCGGCGAUGGAGGGCGGACGGAGCUGAAUCCCUGGCCUGCAUUUAUCAAUGAGCGUUUAGAGAUGUACAAUAAACUUAAAGCUGAACAUGAUGCACUCCUUGCAGAAAGAGCUGCAAAUGACAGUAAACCCAUUAAAGUUACAUUACCUGACGGCAAGCAGGUUGAUGCUGAAUCUUGGAAGACUACUCCUUAUCAAAUCGCUUGUGGAAUUAGUCAGGGCUUAGCUGACAACACUGUUAUUGCUAAAGUGAACAAGAUGGUUUGGGAUCUAGACCGUCCUUUGGAGGAGGAUUGUACCCUGGAGCUGCUUAAGUUUGAAGAUGAAGAGGCUCAAGCAGUAUACUGGCACUCAAGUGCUCACAUAAUGGGUGAAGCUAUGGAGCGAAUCUAUGGUGGCUGUUUGUGCUAUGGCCCACCAAUAGAAAAUGGAUUUUAUUAUGACAUGUUCCUUGAGGAAGGGGGUGUAUCAAGUAAUGACUUCUCUGCUUUGGAAACAUUAUGCAAAAAGAUAAUGAAGGAAAAACAAGCCUUUGAAAGACUAGAAGUUAAGAAGGAAACAUUACUUGAAAUGUUUAAGUAUAAUAAAUUCAAGUGUCGCAUCCUGAAUGAGAAGGUCAAUACUCCAACUACAACAGUAUACAGGUGUGGUCCCUUGAUAGAUUUAUGCAGAGGGCCUCACGUCAGACAUACUGGCAAGAUAAAGACUAUAAAAAUUCAUAAGAAUUCUUCUACCUAUUGGGAAGGCAAGGCUGAUAUGGAAUCCCUCCAGCGGAUCUACGGAAUUUCAUUCCCAGAUGCAAAAAUGCUGAAGGAAUGGGAGAAAUUCCAGGAGGAGGCUAAAAGCAGAGAUCACAGAAAGAUUGGGCGGGACCAAGAACUGUUUUUCUUUCAUGAGCUCAGCCCUGGUAGCUGUUUUUUCUUGCCAAAAGGAGCUUACAUUUAUAACACAUUAAUUGAAUUCAUCCGGAGUGAGUAUCGAAAACGUGGAUUCCAGGAGGUUGUCACUCCAAAUGUUUUCAACAGCAAACUGUGGAUGACUUCAGGGCACUGGCAGCAUUACAGUGACAACAUGUUUUCCUUUGAAGUAGAGAAAGAAAUCUUUGCUCUGAAGCCUAUGAACUGUCCAGGACACUGCCUUAUGUUUGAUCAUCGUCCAAGAUCAUGGCGUGAGCUGCCAUUACGGUUGGCUGAUUUUGGUGUUCUGCAUCGCAAUGAACUGUCAGGAGCUCUUACAGGACUCACUCGAGUACGUCGGUUCCAGCAGGACGAUGCUCACAUAUUCUGUGCUAUGGAGCAGAUUGAAGAGGAGAUAAAGAGUUGUCUGCAGUUCUUGCGUACUGUGUAUGAUGUCUUUGGAUUUUCCUUUAAACUGAAUCUCUCCACUCGUCCUGAAAAGUACCUGGGAGAUAUUGAAGUGUGGAAUCAAGCUGAAAAGCAACUUGAAAACAGCCUCAAUGACUUUGGUGAGAAGUGGGAGUUAAACCCUGGCGAUGGAGCUUUCUAUGGACCUAAGAUUGACAUUCAGAUUAAAGAUGCCAUUGGCCGCUACCACCAAUGUGCUACAAUCCAGCUCGACUUCCAGCUGCCAGUCAGAUUUAACCUCACCUUUGUCAGCCAUGACGGUAAUGACAAGACCAGACCAGUUAUCAUUCACCGGGCUAUCUUGGGAUCUGUGGAGAGAAUGAUCGCCAUUCUAACUGAAAACUAUGGAGGCAAAUGGCCACUCUGGCUGUCCCCACAGCAGGUAAUGGUGGUACCAGUGGGACCAACGUGUGAUGAGUAUGCUCAAAAGGUCAGGCAGCACUUCCACAACGCGGGAUUAAUGGCAGAUGUUGACAUAGAUCCUGGGUGCACGCUGAACAAGAAGAUCAGAAAUGCUCAGCUUGCACAGUACAACUUUAUUCUGGUUGUUGGUGAAAAGGAGAAGGCAAGCGGAACAGUUAACAUCCGCACCCGAGAUAACAAGGUGCAUGGUGAGCGUACAAUUGCAGACACUGUGGAGAGACUGCUGGAACUGAAAUGCUCUCGCUCCAGACAAGCUGAAGAGGAAUUUUAACACCAUCUGCUCUACCUGGCAUAAAAAAAGAUUCUAGUUUUCCUAAUUCAGUUAACUACAGAGUUUUUGUGCUGAAACAGAUUUGAAAUAUAUUUCACAUUUGGACCUCUCGCUCAUUUUAGCAGAGAUUUUUCUUUAGUGAGAAAUGUCUCUUUUUGUAAAAAUCAAUUUUUCACAAACCUUGAAGUAAUAUUUCCUGGCCUCUGACCAAUGAUAGAUGAAGCAAGAUGAAAUGACUUUCUGUGACUGCAAGGGAAAAUGGAAAUGUUAAUCAGGGAUACCCAUAGCAUUCUAACUACCCUAUUAAGAAUAAAAUACAUUUUGGUAACAAAUGUUUUUCAUGAAAGUUAAACAAAAGACCUCAGGCUUAAGAAACUGCAUAGGAACCAUGUGCUGCAGCAGCUUUCGGAGUGUCUCGUUUAGCAAGGAAAGUGAUACCUUGCAGUCUUGUCCGCUGGUCUUACACCAAUUAAAUAUAUUGACUCUGAACAGUUCCCAGUCACAGGAAUGGGGAAGUGAACAGAGGUCUCCCACUUCCAUAGCUGUUGGUGCCUCUGGGAGUGUCUCGGCUCUCACUGCCUGACACUCCUGACGUGGGGCCGUCUGCCACAGAGCACCAAGCUGCUAACCAGAUCCAACGGUACCCUUGUCCAAAGGCGGUAUCUGAAAUGUGCUGGCUCUACGGGUGAGGUCAUCAGAGCUGUAGAAGCGGGAUAAGACAGUCUGGAAGAGGUAGGGCAUAGCAGGGCCAAAGAAGCAGCUAAGAAAACCAGGAUUCUUGGGAACAGGAACUCUUUCUGUUCAUAUCCCUGAGCUGUCCUUUCAGUAAGGCUGUGUAUGUCACAGCAGAAACAAGAAUGUACCGAACUAAAAAGGAUGAAGUGUUGGUUUUUUUUUUUUUUAAGACAAAUGCUAUUUUUCAAUUUAAUAGGUACAGUCCCCUUCAGUGGAACACUUCCCUCCCAAGCCCCUAGUCCAGGGCAUCACAUACUCAAUUAGCAGCCUCUCCUGUCUCACAGUUGAGGGAUGUCAUCAGUUGGUUUUGUGUUUGGUUGGUGGUUUUGUUGUUUUUUUUUUUUUAUUCUUGCACAUCUGGCUGACAAGAGGCAAAUGUCUGUCACUGACAAAAAAUAAAAUCAUGGUCUGA